CCCACAACUGUACCGGACACCGGAGGCGGUGAUUCAGCUCUUUCACAAGUCUCCUCGAGUUGUCUCGGGACGGACUCAUCACCCCGGUAAAGAAUGAACGGCUCCUCCCCGCUCACGACCGGCAGCUGUCACAUGGCUAAAUAUGUCUGGUGUUGGACCCGCUGUCUGAAGACGUGAUACACACUUCGUUUCUCUCCACCCGAGCUGCGAGUCCCCGGUAGAGAUCAGUUCAUUACUCUACGGAGGCGAAAAGAGGAACCGGGCCAAAAGUUGACCAUGUGACUCGGUGUUACUUCCCGCAGACGGACCUGUUUCUCCCGGUUAAUUUAACGCUCCUGUCGUGGGCUGCUUUGUGUUUACGUGUUUUGUCGCUGCUUCAGGACAGCUGUUGUUGACGUUAGGCGACUACCGUUACGUCGGUAAGUUAACACCUCGCUCUGACGUUGAACUUUCCGUGUGAAAUGUUUAGGAUAAUGUUAUUUACCGACGUCCACCGAUCUAAAUACAUGAAUGAGAAGUGAAAGUUAAACAUGUUUGUUUCGCUUUUAAGUUGUACUUCGAUUAGUUAAGUUUCAACUACACAACAGCAAGACUUUUUAAUACCAGUUACCCGGUCAGUGAGUGACAGCUCUCCGGUGCCAAAACGGACUCCACCGGGAAAGUUAACAGGGACACGAAGAAGUGACCAACACACACACUGGCUCUCUAGGAUCAACACAGAGACACCUGGGAUUGAUUUUUAUGACAUCAUGAUUGGAUCUCCUGAUGUGCUGGCCUUCACCAGUGAAGGGGAUUUGGGGGGGUACCCAGAUGCCCAGGUCCUGCCAGAGGAGUUCUCCCUCCCUCUCCUUCCCCUCUCUCACCCCUGGACCUCCCCUGCCCAUUUCAACAGGGACUUCAUACUGGUGGCUGAGUUCUCAGAACAGGUGGGUCCCCUACCGGUCCGGACCAUCCCUGAUGACCCCAGAGUGAUCGGUUCCUUCGACCUGAACCAUUUCUCUCUACGCAUCAUGUCUGUCGACUACCAAGCCGUAGCCCCUGGUCCUCAGCCACACCACCAGACAGCUAGUCCUUCCCUCCAGACCCUCCCCCGUCUGGCCUUCUCAGAGGACUCCAGGGUGGUGCUGGGUGACUCUAAGGAGGGGGUGGUUGUGUCCUUCCUCCAGGACUCCAGGGUGGUGCUGGGUGACUCUAAGGAGGGGGCGUUUGCCUACGUUCACCACCUGACGCUCUAUGACCUGGAGGCCCGAGGCUUCGUCCGCCCGUUCUGCAUGGCCUACGUCUCUGCCGAUGAGAGGAAGAUCAUGCUGCAGUUCCAGGAGCUGUCGCUCCGCUUCUCCCGCGCCUCCGAGUGCCUGAAGACCGGAAACCGACGGGCCUUCGCCUGCGAGCUGCAGAGGAAGCUUCAUGACCUAGAGUACACACGAACCAUCCUUCAAGCAACGCUUCAAAGGAUAUCCAAUGAGAGUGCGGAGAUCAGGGAGGAGGCGGAGCUGCAGAACACGGCCAACGAGCUUGCUAGCGUGGAUCGUUCCAUCCUGGACCACAGAUCCCUCCUCCACCAGGUCACUUCCUAUCCCAACAGGAAGUUAAAAGACCCUGGCUUUCUGCCCUACGACCCCUCCCUGAUCCCAGAGACCCUCUCCUUGACUCCUGAUCCCCCCUCCCCCUCAUACACCCCCCAGCUGGUUUCCGGGGCGUCGCUAGGGGGCGGGGGCUGGUCAGCGAGGCGGUUCGACCGCCGUCUGAAGCCGUUGGAGGAGCUGAGCGACUGCUACUUCCUGUCUCUGACGCUAGAACAGCUGGGCAAUGCAGAACGCCGUCUCCGUGGAGACCAGAGUGUUCUACACAACCGUCGCAUCACACACAGGCUCUCCAGGACGCUUUCACACACACAGUUCCUGUUCCAGCUCUGGGACCAGGAGGAGGAGGAGGACCUGGAGGAGGAGGGGGCGGGGCUAGAGGGAGGAAGCGACGUGAUGUCACAUCCUGUGGCGGGGGCGGGACGACCGAGCCUGGAGUCGUUCUUCUCCUGCGUGGAGGAGGUGUCAAUCAAACUGGAGACAGGAAGUGGAGGGGCGGAGCCGACACUUGAUCCUGAGGGAGAAGGAGUAACCGUGGAGACGAGCCCAGGCAGCGUGAGCAGCGGAGACAGCAUUGAGGUUCUGGGGACGGAGCGCUCGUAUAGAACACAGGGACUAACCCACGUGGAACUCAGAGAGUUGUCUGGUGGGUUGGGUCAGGGUGAAGGCUGUGAUGUGGUGCGGAGUUGUGCCCCUGCGGAGGUGUGGAUGAGACGUGACGUGCGGUCCCUGGCACGGAGGGCGAACAGCGAGGACAGUAUUGAGAUCAUCAGCACCUCAGACUCCAUCUUCCCCGACGACCUCAUCUUCAACGCCAUCACAGAGGAGGAGCCUGAGGAGCAUGGAAUCAUGGGUAGUGUAAUCCAGGAAGAGGAGGAGGAGGAGGCAGCAGGUGAGGACACGCCCAUUCAGCAGCACAGCACCCUGGGUAUUGUAGUUCACGAGGAGGAGGAGCACACUCGGCACCAGAGAAUCCUGGGUAAUAUAGUCCAGACGGAGGGAAAGGAGGAGCUGGAGGACACUCCCACUCGGCUGCACAGCACCCUGGGUAUUGAAGUCCGGGAAUUGGAGGAGGAGAAGCCAGAGAGAUGGGACACUCCGGCCCCCACGUCUGAGCCCCAGAGAACUCUGGUCCACCAGGUGUCAGAAGAGGGCUCCUCCCAGCAGUACGAGGGUCACCAUGCCAACGGCGAGGUCAGAGGUCAGGCUGGGCGUGACAGCAGGCGGGUGGUGGUGCCUGACCUCCAGGUGAACUUUUCUAUCCCCUUGAGGUUAGAUGUUAGAGGUCGGGGGUCAGGGGGGCGGCGGUUGCUAGGCGACACCGCUUACAGGCUGAGUGUAGAUGAGGCAUCGGACUGUAUGAGCAACAUCAGCACCUCUCCAUCUUCCUCUCUGCCCCCCACACAUCUCCAUGGCAACCACAGCGCUAGUAAUCCGCGACGACAUCAGCGCCAGAGGAGGAAGGCGGGUCCUGGAGCCCUCAAGUUCCUGCGGCAGAAUUCCUUCUCCCAGAAUGCCGUGUUCUGCCUGCUAAGUGGACGGCCGCUGGUGGUGAUUGGUGGAGAGGAGGGUUCCGUGAGGAGGACGGUCGCUGCCCUCUCGCUCUACCUGCCUUCACCUGGUCGCUAUGGAGAUGCUGUGCAGCCUUACCUGGCCACGCCCCUUCAGCUGACAGACCUGCUCACCUGGAGACUCAUCGGAAUCCACAGGACGUCUCCUACAGCUCCCAGCAUGCUUCACUCUCUGGCUCGUUACGGACGGUACCUGGCCGUGCUGGACCUGGACCAGCGUACACUGAGAAGCCCCGCCUACCACGGACACCUCAUUGGCCGGCUGGCCAACCCCCACACUCUGAUAGGUCGUGGCAGCACCUACCUUCUCCACGUGGAGAGCUGCCUCGCUGAGCUGACCGCUAAGGCCUUCCUGUUCUCCUGUUCUCCUGACCUUUCAACUCUAACAUCGGGUAGAGCUCAGAGUUCACCUGGGGGUCAGGCACCACCCAUCUGCCACAGCCACUCGGACCUCCAGCUUCCCAGCCUCCCCGGGGAGGACGAUGACUUCACGCUGACUCAGCGUCGCAGGGACUUCCUGUGUGGGCGGGGUUUCAGCGGGGAGGAUGACCUCCGGGUGAUGCACUUCCUGUCUGACCUCAUCAAACAGCACCACGCAGGAAGUGGUCCUCCGGCCCUCCGCUUCUCCUACAGUGCCGUCCCUUUACAUAGAAACACGACAACAUAGAUAUACAGCCCUGUCCCUUUACAUAGAAACACCACAACAUAGAUAUACAGCCCUGUCCCUUUACAUAGA